GUCAAAUUCCAAUUGAUUUCCAGUUCAUCGAACUUCAACGAAACGCGACGAGACCAAACAACCAGACGCGCAGCGUUAUUUGGAGACCCUAGCUCACGCCACUUACUCUGCCUGCCUUUCCAUAAUAAACCUCAACGAUAUUCCUCCAUACAGCGUCGGCGCCUACCAUGUCCCACCAACAACCUCUCUCGUCGUCGGUCCAGCCGACUGACAUCUACGGCGGAGAUGAGGUAUCCGCGCUUGUACUCGAUCCGGGCUACUGCAACACCCGCGCUGGCUACGCCGGCGAGGAAAUGCCCAAGCAAGUUCUCCCUUCUUUCUACGGCCACAUCAACGGGCGCGACGUAUUCGGCGAUGAGUAUAUUGUGCCAAAACCGGGUUUCGAAGUGCGCAACUACAUGAACCGCGACAGCGUUGUCGAAGAUUGGGAUGCUGCCACCAGGAUGUGGGAACACGUUCUCGUCAAGCGUCUGCAGCCCGAGCGAUCAACACCUCCCAGCAAAAACGGUCUCAACAUUAGCGACGACGGCGACGUGCCCAUGGAAGACGAAGAUGGCAACAACAACGAAGAUGCUAUGGACGCGCUGGAGAAGCCGCUGGCCGAGAACCCUCUUCUCAUGUCCGAGGCGCCGUGGAACUCGCCCAAGGCGCGCGAGAAGGCCAUCGAAAUCAGCAUGGAGACCUGGGGCGUGCCCGCAUUCUGGCUUAGUAAGACACCUGUGCUCGCGGCAUUUGCGGCCGGAAAGGCCACGGCCUUGGUAAUAGACGUGGGCGGGGCCAACACGAGUGUCACGGCCAUCCACGACGGCAUGGUCCUCAAGCGAUCGAUUCAACGGUCUCCGGUAGGCGGUGUCUGGCUGAGCGGCCAGAUCCGCAAGAUGUGGGACGGCAGCGAGCCCAAGGUCGACGUUGUGCCGCGGUUUAUGGUCGAGAGCAAGAAGCCCGUGGAGGCUGGUGCGCCCGCCGAAGCCAACCUGCGAAAGUUCAACUUCGACAUCCACCCGUCCUUCCGCGCUUACGAGGAAGAGCGUGUCCUCACCGAGUUCAAGGAGUCCGUCGUCGAGGUGUGGCGUGGUCCCCAGCGGUUCACGACCCCCGGAAACGAAGAUGCUGUCCGUACACAACCCGGCCGUGUCUUCGAGAUGCCCGACGGCAGCAAUCAGAUGUGGCGUGAGCAGCGGUUCAAGGUGUCGGAGGGCAUGUGGGACGAGACGGCUGCCUAUAACAGCACUGACGAGGAGGGACGUGUGACUAAGGCUCAGACGAUCCCGGCUCUUAUCAAGGCGGCCCUCGAGGGUGUUGAUGUUGAUCUCCGCCCCAACAUUCUCGGAAAUGUCGUUGUCACGGGUAGCACGAGCUUGUUGAACGGUUUCAACGACCGUCUCAACCAUGAGCUUGCGCAGAUGUACCCCGGUGUGAAGAUCAAGAUCCAUGCGGCGGGUUUGACGACCGAGAGACGCUUUGGUGCUUGGAUCGGAGGAAGCAUUCUGGCGAGUCUCGGAACCUUCCACCAGAUGUGGAUUUCGCGGAAGGAGUACGAGGAGAACGGCGCGGGUAUUGUCGAGAAGCGUUGCAAAUAGGAUAUUGCUUCGUUGAUCAACAAUAAGAAGGUCGUCAAGGCAUGAAAUGGCGAGCCCCUCGCAAGCCGCGCUCUGGAAAUGAUGGGAGGUUACAAAGCAUCAGGUGGCGAGUAAGGCCACAAUGGGUUAAGCCCAAAAGUGUUCACGUAUUCAUGAAUUUUGUGUUGGGUGGAGUGUGGUGGUCAUAAAAAGAUGGGCAUUGAUGUUUUACGUUGCUGAUUAUUAGGCAGGU